GCAUUUCUUAAUAUCGUGGAAGCCAUGGAUAUCCUGGAGUUAGAUGCACAAUACAAGAGAAGAGUUGCUGGCAAUAAGAGAACCAUGCUGCUUAGGCUCCUGCCAUUUGUGGUCUCCUGCAUCAUCUAUUUCGUUCUUUUGCUCCCUGAGCCCAGCUUGAAGAGCACUGUCAUAAAGUGCCUCCCCACGUUCUCCCUGGCGUUCUUCGUGGCCACUCAGUCCAAAAAUGGAGGCAACCUCAAACUGUAUUCCCGGUGGAUUUUCAUUGGUCUCUUGUUCGCAUGUGUGGGAGAUGCCUGCUUGGUAUGGCCAGAGUUCUUCCUUGCAGAUUCAGCAUGUUGACUAUGCUAAACAAGGAUAUGUAAGAUGCCCACCUGACAGAUGCUUUGGGAAACGGCAGACAGGCAUUAUGAAGGAAGAUGUCUCUAGGGAAGCCAAGAUGCCUGGGCCCUCCUGCAAGCUAAGCCAACAUGGUCAUGGAGGACAGUGUGCAAGGGAGGAGCACAUCUGCAGGAGACUGAAGGGUUCAAAAGGAUCUGGUCAGGUUCCAACUCUUUUUUUUAAAUAUUUUUUUUUAUUUUCAAAC